GUUUCGGUUCACUAACUAUUCAUAAGUUGUAUUUAGGAAUCGAUAGGAUCACGUAACUUCCUCAUUAAAUUCUGCCAAAUUGUCCAAUAGUAGGAUUGCCACUUCUCUUCGCUAGUUUCUCGUCUAAAUACCUUGAGUUGUAAACGCGGUGCCCAUUGCUCUUAGCUUUUUGGGUACGGUCAUUUUAACAAAUAUAAAUAAAAGAGAGAUCUCACUUUUUGCAUACUUUUUUGAAUUGCUGCAAAUGUCAUUUAAUAACUACUUCCCGCCACCAGGACUUACUAGAAAUCUCAAUCAGCAAGUGAUUCACCCCGAACCCAUUGAUUCUGCUCUUCCUAGUCAAAAAGUUGCCGAGACUGAGAAUAUCGAUCCUGAGGUGGUAACUACGGGUAUUCUAGAAGUCCUGCAAUUGCGGUACACCAAAAACAAUUCCAAUAAGCGAGAUGAAAGUCUUGCAGAAAAAGUUUCAGCUACAAUUAGCGAAAUCAACGGUAAUACCAAUAAUAAACCAAUCAGCAAAAACUUCGAAUCCUGUUUGGGGUAUAUGCAAGGUCUUUUUGAAAAGGAAAUGAAAAGUCACGAUGCAAAAAUCCAAGCUAUUUUCGAGGAAUUGGCCCAAACUUGUGAUGCCAGCCAUAUAGAUGAAGCUUCAGAAGGCCGCUAUAAGGUGUUCACUAAGGUUGUUCGGGACAGUAAGGCUGAACAACUUGACGACUCCAACGCAUGGGAAAAUAUCAAAAAGAUGAUAGUCAAUGAAACUAAUAAAAGUUAUGGGAUUAAGGAUAAAUGUCAAAAUUUCUCAAACCAGCUUUUAAAAGUAUGUCAUGACGGUAUGCGUGAUCAUAGAGAUAUUAAUAAAGACCAAAUCAAGAAUUUCAGAAACUAUCUACAAGCCCAACAAACUUACUUGCAAAACUGUUUGAAAGAGCAUAUUACUGAAAGCAGCAAGACUCUUGAAGACGCACUCACUCAGUAUUGGGAUAUUAACGAUGCGAAGAGUAUCUGUACCAAAUACAUUCAAAAGAUUACACCUCAAAUGUUACCAACUGAUGAUGAAAAUUCAUUUGAAAACGAAAUUCCUUUGUUUCCUAUUAAGCCAGAGCCAGACACCGUACCAGACACCGUACCAGAUACAGAGCCAGAGCCAGAGCCAUCAUCAAUUUCGAAACCAGGUUCUAGUUCUGAGUCCAAGUUUCCUUCAAUUGCUUCAUUGGCCGAUUCAUUUCCAAGCUACCCUCAACGUAUUAAAGAGACUCUGAGUAAAAUUAUGCAAUUUGAUCAAGAAAUCAUUUUUGAAAAACUUAGUAAUUUUUCUAAUGUAUUCACCAAGCAACCUCCAACGGGUGUUCCUAAAAAUCGUGUUAUGGGAAGAUACGGAACCAGUCCAGUAGAAACAAGAGAACAUAUUUUAAAAGUGCAAGAAUUUCUCUUUAACAAUUCAGUUCACCCAUAUUAUUGGGGAUACGCAUUAUUCAGUUCUACUUGUCCAAAAGGCAAUGAUUUUUUUGCACCACGUCCCACCGAUUGGUAUUAUCAAGUGGCUAGAUUACUAGAAGGGUUUGAUUAUUUUUACGCCAGGCAAUAUGAAUUAUCAUUAAUUUGGCAUAUUAAACCCAAUCCAAAGGAUUCCAUUAGCAAUUUGAUCUUGUAUAACCUUCAACAAGUAAUAUCGGCCAGAUUCAAUACAAAACUGUAUUUGUUUAAAGAAUUGAAAACUGUCAUUUAUAUGAUUCUUAGUGAAAAUUUUUAUAAAUCUUUAGCAGAGCAGGUAAUGAAUUGCACAGACAGACUAGAACUUUAUCUUUUAUGCCUUACUGCAUCAUUUCUUGACUCUGAAUUGGGGAGAGAGCCUUUAACCAAAGAGUACAUUGAGUAUAAGUCUUAUUGCAAUGAUUUUGACGAUCAUGAAUUUGGUCACGAAUCGGAAGACUGUGAAUUCGAGCACGAAUCCGAUGGGCAUCAAUCUGAUCACGAAUCCGACGGGCAUCAAUCUGAGCACGAAUUCGAUGGGCAUCAAUCUGAUCACGAAUCCGAUGAGCAUGAAGAUGAAUUUGAAAAUUCAGAUCUAGUCUACGAUCCUAAUCGUGAAGUACCGGGUUACCUUUGGUGUGAUGAAUGCGGCUGUUCUGUUUGCAAAGAGGAAGAGGCACGGGCUAAGAAACAUGAAAAGAAGUUGAAACAAAAAAGGGACUCGCACUCAAAACUAGUUGUUAUUAUUAUAUUAAGUAUUACAGUAUUAACUAUACGUGUUGAAUUAUAUAGAAUACCUGGAUUCAACACUGAAAGGAAAUACAGGGCAACUAGUGUGGAUGGGAUUACUGCAAUAUUCCACAACAUUCACCUCGUAGACUUGGUUGAGUAG